ACAAAAAGCUGAAAAUGGCAUCAAAAAUGUAUUCCAGAAUGAUUUCCUACAAGGCAGAUUCUGAUCCAAAAGGGUCAGAAGGGGCUGCAGAGAUUGAUGAAGCUAGCCUUUUUGGCAUCAAUCGGACAUUACAAGACCGAAGGCGUACUGAUUGCAAUAAACGGUCUAACCUCAAAAACAAGGAUAUCCUAGGGAAACGCAUCAGUCGGAAGAAUACAGACAUUACUUCUAAUAAUGUUCAAUUUUCACCAAUCAAACAAAGAAGUACUGGGAAAGAAUUUAAGUUCAAGCUAGCAAAAGUUAAUAAUAAACCUGUGGAUUUUAGAGAAGCUAUAAAGAAGAUAAAAUUUGUUAAAGAAUUGCCAACUAUAAAUGCUCCUCCUCUUCAUUAUGACGAGGAUGAGAAGCAUGAAUCAUAUUGGGAGGUAGUUGCUAGUGAGAUUCUCAAUGGCAAUAAGAAUAUGAUGAAGAUAUAUACAUAAAU